CUUCUUUAUCUCAAAUAUAUAUUUAAAUACAAUUUUUAUUUAUAUUUAAGCAGACUAUACAUAUUAUAGUGUAUUAUAAAUAGACGUAUAUGUGUAUGUGUCUUUUAUUUGAAUAACUAUAUUUAUACAUUUCUUCUUGAUUAUAUCCUACUACUUGUUUGUUUGAUUGAUUUUCAGCACACGACGAUGCCAUACAGUUAUCAGUCAAUUCCAUCCCAAGAAACACAUGCUGUAGAGGAUCCACAGUCAGCUGUGGAUGCUGAACGACGUCUGGUUCGCAAGUUUGAUACACAGCUCUUACCCUUCUUGAGUUUCAUGUAUCUCUUUUCAUCCCUCGAUCGAUCCAGUCUUGGAAAUGCUGUCCUAGACAAUUUUGAACAAGACAUUGGCAUAACACCUGGCCAAUUCAAUACAUGCGUUACUAUCUUUUAUGCUGGGUUUCUUAUCUUCCAAAUUCCAAGCAAUAUGAUCCUCAAACGACUAACAGCUCGUAGAUGGUUACCUACCCUAAUGUUUCUGUGGGGUAUUGUUGCCUGUUGCCAUGCAGGUGUAAAGAACUAUGCUGGACUGAUGACCCUUCGUUUCUUUCUUGGUUUCUUUGAAGCCGGGUUCUUUCCAGGUGUAUUGUUCUUCUUGACUCAGUUUUACAAAAAGGAUGAAAUGGCAACUCGCAUAGCUCUAUUUUGGGGGUCUACAGUGGCUGCUCAUGCAUACGCUGGUGUACUUGCGUAUGGCAUUCUUCAAUUAAGAGGAUCUCAUGGAAUGACUGGGUGGCAGUGGCUGUUUCUUAUCGAAGGUAUUCCAACUGUAUUGAUGGCUCUCAUUGCAUGGUUCUAUCUACCUGCAUCGGCUGCCACAUGGUCCCGUCUCACACCCGAACAGCGCAUAUUGGCUGUCAAAAGACUCGAAGUUGAUUCUCCUCUCGAUCACGGUCAUCUCACAUUAGGCGACCUGAACGCCACCAACAAAAAACAAGCAUUCAAAGCCCUUACAGACUGGAAGGUCUGGUUGUGGAUGGUCAUGUUCUUCUGCGGCAGUGUACCAAACACCAGUAUCUCAAACUUCCUGCCAUUGAUUGUGCGUGGAAUGGGAUACAAUGAUAAGCUAUCUGCCAACUUAAUGUCAGCUCCCCCGUAUCUAUGUGCAGUUGUGGUAAUGAUUUGUCUUGCAUACUCUUCCGAUAGACACAAGGACCGCGCUUUUCAUGCUGUGGGCGGUGCUAUAUUUUGUUUGGUUGGAUAUGCACUACUAUGCUUCCUUACUACGCGCGAUGCUCUAUAUGCAGCCGUUUGUGUCGCAGUAGCCGGCAUAUUUGUCAUCAAUCCAAUAGUAAAUGCUUGGUUAACAAGCAAUAUUGCACCUGACAUGAAAAAGAGUGUUGCAACUGCAAUGGCCGUAUCUGCAAACAAUUCAGCUGGUCUAGUAGGAUCUAAUAUUUAUCGUGCCUCGGAUGCACCUCGUUACAUCCGUGGACACAGUAUCAAUCUCGGAUUUUUGGUUGCAUUCGUCUGUUUGGCUAUCCUACAGAGAUGUCUCUUGCAACGUGAGAAUAGGCUUAAAGAAGCGGCUAUCAAAGCACAAGAAGCAGAACAACAACCAGACGAUAUUGCAGCAAUUGAAGUUCUUGGAGAUGAAUCUAUUCAUUUCAAGUAUCGACUCUAAACCACCAAUUAUUUACCUGCUUAUUUUCUUUUUAUUACUAUAUAUAAUAACCACACACUCACAUACACACUUAUUAUUUUUUGAAUCUUUUUGUUUUUCUGCUUAUUUGUUUGCCUGUACUUCUUCUUUAUCAUCUUGUUUUUUAUUAUUAUUUUUGCGCCUCUUGCAAAAAAAAAAACAAAAACUUAUUAGUUUCUACGUUAUGUACACUCACUUACCCAAUUACCCACAUGUAUAAAAUAGAUUUCUAAAAGGAAAUAGUUUAUAUUCUUAUUCUUCUUCUUCUUUAUCCUUAAUUUUCUUUACAAUAAAAAAAAAGA